ACAAUACAAUAUAUUACAAUACAAUAUAUUACAUUACAAUAUAUUACAAUACAAUACACAAGUAGCCCUGUAUGGCGCAGGCAGUUGGUGAAAGGUUGUAGGUUCAAAUUCGUCAAGGGGCGGCAGGGUAGCCUAGUGGUUCGAGCAUUUGACUAAUAACCAGAAGGUUGCAAGUUCAAACCCCCGAGCUGACAAGGUACAAGUCUGUCGGUCUGCCCCUGAACAGGCAGUUAACCCCACUGUUCCUAGGCCGUCAUUGAAAAUAAGAAUUUGUUCUUAACUCACUUGCCAGGUUAAAUAAAGGUAUAAAAAAGGAUCACAUACAAAAGAAAUGUAUAAAAACACUGUACUGUUAGAAUGUUUGUUUCCAUCCAGGAGCUGCGUGAGAUGCAGGCCAGCAUCAGGGACACCUCUGUGGUGGUGCAGAUGGACAACAGGCGAGACCUCAACAUGGACCAGAUAGUGGCUGACGUCAAGGCUCAGUACGAAGACAUUGCUACCAAAAGCCGAGAGGAGGCUGAGAUGUGGUACAAAUCCAAGUUUAACCAGAUGGCCGUCCAGGCCAUGCAGUACGGAGACGAGCUGAGGAACACCAAGGGAGAGAUAGCAGAAAUCAACCGCCUGAUCGGCCGUCUGCAGAGUGAGAUAGAAGCUGUCAAAAGACUGCGAGCCAACCUGGAGGACCAGAUAGCCGAGGCUGAGGGCCGCGGGGAGCUGGCUGUGAAGGAGGCCAAGUCCAAGAUGAGAGAUCUGGAGGAUGCUCUGCAGAGGGCCAAGCAGGACAUGGUCAGGCAGCUCAGAGAGUACCAAGACCUGAUGAACAUCAAGCUGGCCCUGGACAUAGAGAUAGCCACCUACAGAAAACUACUGGAGGGAGAGGAGGACAGGAUUGGACAUCAAUCUAUUCUCAACAUCCAGUCAGUGUCCAACUACAGUUCUAGGAGUUUCAGUAAUGGAUACCAUAGCAGCUCCAUCUCCCUACACAAGCUGCUGAUUAAAACAACUGAACAAAAGACAGCUCCAGAUUCAGCUCAUUAA